UUGAACAUGGAAUUGUAGGGUUCCGUUUUAUUGGGUGAAUCUUAUCUUUCCAACUUGUUUUCUUGGUCCAAAACUCGCGUCCACAAAAACUUUGAACCAAAGCAAGAGAGCACUAACUUGAACGGAAAAAAUGGCUUCCACUUCGACACUGUCAAUACAUUUGCAAGGCAAUGUCCGAAAAACAAGUUUUCCGUCAUCUUCCGCAACAAGGCCUUUCCACACAAAUCAUCUUAAUUUUUCACUUUCACUGCCUUUAGCAAAAGUUACAUGUGUAAAUUCUUCUAGCACUGCAAAGUAUAAUGAAGUUGUGGCGGAUGAAGAAGUGGACAGGAUUAGGAGGCUCCAGAACGGGUCCGAUGUUCGUGGGGUGGCGUUGGAAGGUGAGAAGGGUCGAACAGUGGACCUUACACCACCGGCUGUGGAAGCCAUUGCAGAGAGCUUCGGUGAAUGGGUUAUCAAUGGCUUGGAGAAGGAAAGAGGAGUACCUGCUGAAGAUGUUAGGGUUUCUCUGGGCAGGGAUCCCCGAAUAUCCGGACCAUCUUUGAGUGUAGCAGUGUUUUCAGGUCUUUCUCGUGCUGGUUGUUCAGUGUUUGAUAUAGGGCUUGCGACUACUCCAGCUUGUUUCAUGAGUACAUUGUUGCCUGCUUUUGCUUACGAUGCUUCCAUAAUGAUGACGGCAUCUCACUUACCCUACACCCGUAAUGGUCUCAAAUUUUUCACUAAAAAAGGGGGGCUGAGCUCGCCGGAAGUGGAGGAAAUAUGCGACAAAGCUGCCCGGAAGUAUGCAAAUAGGCUCACAAAACUCUCAACCAUGCUGACCAAUCCUCCAACAAGAGUUGAUUUCAUGAGCAGUUAUGCGAAGCACCUCCGGGACAUCAUCAAGGAGAGAGUCAACCAUCCCUUGCACUACGACACUCCACUGCAAGGAUUUCAGAUAAUUGUGAAUGCUGGGAAUGGAUCGGGUGGCUUCUUCACGUGGGAUGUCCUAGACAAGCUUGGAGCAGACACCUUCGGCUCUUUACACCUCAAUCCAGACGGAAUGUUCCCCAACCAUAUUCCCAACCCAGAAGACAAAGCUGCCAUGGCGCUGACCCGAGCUGCAGUGUUAGAGAACUCCGCUGAUCUUGGAAUUGUUUUUGACACUGAUGUCGACCGAAGUGGCGUUGUCGAUAACGAAGGCAACCCAAUCAAUGGGGAUAAGCUCAUUGCGCUCAUGGCGGCCAUCGUUCUGAGGGAGCACCCCGGAACAAACAUAGUGACCGACGCUCGUACAAGUCUGGCUCUUACAAAAUAUAUUACCGACAGAGGGGGUCAUCAUUGCUUGUAUCGUGUUGGUUACCGGAAUGUUAUCGAUAAGGGAGUUCAAUUGAACGACGAUGGUAUUGAAACGCAUCUGAUGAUGGAAACAUCCGGCCAUGGUGCGCUUAAAGAGAAUCAUUUCCUUGAUGACGGGGCUUACAUGGUGGUAAAAAUCAUCAUUGAAAUGGUGCGGAUGAAGCUUGCAGGAUCGGAUGAAGGGGUAGGUAGUCUCAUAAAAGAUCUUGAAGAACCUUUGGAAUCGAUAGAUCUGAGAAUGAACAUCAUCUCCGAGCCUCGACACGCAAAGGCGAAAGCUGUUGAGGCAAUAGAUACAUUUAGAAGCUACAUUGAGGAAGGUCGGCUUCAAGGGUGGGAACUGGACUCCUGUGGAGACUGUUGGGUGAGCGAGGGAUGCCUUGUGGACUCUAAUGACACACCAGCUUCCAUUGAUGCUCACAUGUACAGGGUUAGAGUAAUUUCUGAUGAGCAUGGAGAACAUGGAUGGGUUCACCUUCGGCAGAGUAUUCACAACCCAAAUAUUGCUGUAAAUAUGCAGUCCUUGGUCAGCGGUGGCUGCCAAUCCAUGACAAGAGUUCUAAGAGAUAAGUUUCUCGUGGCAAGUGGAAUGGAUAGAAUCCUUGACAUUAGUCAGAUUGACAAGUUUGCAAAAAGCGGGCGUAUAGACUAAUUAAGUCGUUGCAAGCUCCUCUAAAAGUAGGUAAAAUGAGGUUAAGGAUAAAAGAAUUGACAACAAUUAAUUAAUUGAUGUAUCUGCCAUAUAAGUUUUACUAGAAUAGUGUACAGUUCGGGUGUGCAUAUACCAUUGUUCUUUUAAUUUCCUAAUAACAAAGUAGGCCUUGUAUGAGUGAAAUUGCUAUAAAUUUUUCGAACUUUUUUGGA